AUGUCGUCGUCGGCGGAGCUUCAAAGGCUCUUUGCCUCGUUGGUGAGCAAAACACCAUCGUCCCAGAGCUCAUCUGCCGCUCAGUACCAGCAGCAGCAAAGCCGUACUCUAUCAGGCUCACCUGGACCCAACACUCAUUCCCGCCCGCACUACGCCCCUCCAUCCGUAUCGUCACCAGUUGUUAGUCCACCGGUGGCUGGGACUCCUCCCCACCAUGGAUCUGACAUCAUAAGCCCUAAUGUUCCCACUCCUCGAAACGAAGCAAAUCCAACACCUCCUUCGAUUUCACAAUGUACCGAUCAUCUACUCGGUUUACUUAAAUUUGAAUCGCCUACUUCCAACGGCUCUUCACCUCCGCCCCAAGCAGCUACGGAUAUACCUUCAAACCCAAAUAAGCCGGGGACUGGUAUAGAUCGUGGUGCAAAUACUCAGGGAAUAUCAGCUUCUGAUCUAGUUGCGGCCUUUAUGCCGAAACCUACGGCUGAGCCGGGGAACCGGAGUCUACCGCUUAGCAAAGAUAAUGUGAAUCAGCCUCCCACGGUUGGUGUUCGACAGAAGGAUGAUACUCAGGAAAUGUUAUUAAAAGUGCUCAAUGAUCGGCCAGCAUCUAAAACUCAGUAUGCAGACUUGCCAAAACCUUUGGAACAUAAGCCAGUUUUUUCACCGCCUGCCUCUACUGAGACCCAGCUUCCUGAGAAAGAAAUUUCAGAAGAGCGUAAAUACUCUCCUGUUCGUGCUUUUGGAACUCGUGAAAGCCGUGAAACAACGCCUUUCGAAGCUCCUAAGUCAGAUGCGCCGGUGCAAGCCCCAAUUUUUAGUUACGUUAAUCCGUUUGAACAGCUUGCUGCAGCGUCUUCAAGCCCCAUAGGGAAGCCUGGUGCACCAACAGUGGAAGAUGCCUCUAAACGUCAAAGCCUUGAGCGUAAUGUCUCAACUGGAUUGACACGACCACGGGAAGAACCAGAACCGUUAACCAAAGCAGGGUCAACUACUAUCCAAGAGCUUCGCCCUGGGAAAAAGCUGAAGACAAAAGAAACAGUUUCCGAUGCUCUCAUUAGUGCUGGCGAGGAAGCCAAGGCUAAAGUAGAGACCGCACUGGCCCGUCCUACUGAAGGGAAAGCUGUCCUGAAAACGACGGAAUCGAAUGGCACCCAUAAACCAAUUCUCAGGGGUUCGGGGGAUGUGGAUUCGAUUAAGGACCGAAUUGGCGGCCGACUUGAAAAAGAGCCCGCCGCCAGCAGCUCUGUAUCAGUUGCUGUUAAAGGGAAUGUAGAGAAAGACCUCGCUGACUCAUGGGAAAAUGAAGCGGAACGCAUUGUUCCUGUCUAUGGCUUCCCGCUGCGACCUUUCAUUUCUAUUACAUGGAAGGGUACCACAAAAAACAUAGUCUCGGUUCGCGAUGAUGGGUUCAUGGACAUCGCUAGGCUAAAGAAACCAUUUGAUCAACUUGACCGCUCGCUUACCUCGGCCACAGCAAAGUAUAUCAUUUACGCUCUGUCCAAAAAUGGUGGAAUACGCGUUAUUAGGCAGGAUGAUGGCUACGAUCGGCAAGUAUUCCGUGCUUGUAACGACCGCAUCUUCAAUGUUGCUCUAUGCCGCUUGGGUCCAAAUUCUCCGUCUGGGAAGGAUGAGGCAGUUCUAGGUAUUGGUGAUAGUGGUUCCGUGUAUUGGGCGCCUCUCUCCAAAGGAGAUGAAAAUCUUUUUGAAAAGGAUGCGCUUGAUAUUAAUAGUUUAAUAUUUCCUCCGUUUCCGGCAUCCGAUGAGAAUACGUCUGGUGGUCAGCUGAAAACGCGCGCCCGACCAAGCUCGCGUCAUCCUGAAUUCUUCGCCAUCGGCCGCGGCAAAUCAAUCCACAUCGUGUGGCCUAGCGCUGCCCUGUCUCCAAAGUAUAGUGUUUCAGGAUCUAGCCGUGAAGUCGAUACCGAAAAGUUUUACAAGGAUCGAGCUGUGAAGAUUUCAACUGGAAAAGCUGGAAAGGAUUUCAUUUUCAGUGAUGAUGAUACUGUCAUCGUCUCUCUAGACAAAACAGGGCGCUUGAGGUUCUGGGAUAUUCAUGAGAUGGUUAAUGGAAACAGCGAAGCCGGCAAGGCUGAUAUUCGUGUGCCUCUCCUGACCCUGGUGACCAGCACUCCAAAUGAAAAAUCGUGGCCUACAUCUGUCCUAUUUGUUGAUAAAUUGCGGCCUUAUAUAAAGAUGUCUGCGAUGCGAUAUAUGCUUGUCGGUCUUAGGCAAAAUCAUACGUUUCAACUAUGGGAUCUGGCACUUGGAAAAGCAGUUCAGGAAUUGAGCUUUCCUCAUGAAAAUGAGUCGGAUGCAAUUUGCAGCGUGGCUUACCACCCCGCGUCGGGCAUUAUCGUUGUUGGUCAUCCUACGCGCAAUUCUAUCUACUUUAUCCAUUUAUCGGCCCCCAAAUAUACUCUUCCGCCAAUGUCUCAAGAAGCGUACAUGAAGGGUAUCAUUAAUAAAGAUGAGCAGCUGUUUGGUCCUCAAUCCACCGCCUGCAUGAGUGGGCUUCGAGAGCUAUCUUUUGGGCCCAAAGGUGAGCUUAGAAGUCUGGAACUGCUCCCUCUGGGCAAACCCUAUCCAUCCACGCGCGAUGAGGAUUCCGGGCUGUUCGAGCUGUAUGUUAUGCAUUCUAAGGGUGUCACCUGCUUGAACAUUAAGAAGGCAGAUUUGGGCUGGACCAUGGACAACAAGAUCGCUCAACACAUCAAUGGCGUGGACGAAGAUUUUGUCGAGAUUAAAGAAUUGCAAACCUCUCCUUCUCAAACCGAUGAGCAAUCUGUUGCUGGGGAAGUAUCGCCAUCAAUCGUUGUGAAUGGGAAAGAGACGGCCAAGAAAAUCGAAAUUUCGCCUGAAAAACCAUCCUCUGCAGUCUCAUCGGGCAGCCAAUCUCCAAUUAAAGAGACAAAGAAAAAGUCACAAGACAACGUAAAUAACACUCAGCGUGAGCCUGUAGAAAAACCAGACAAGAAGAAAAAGAAAAAGUCUGCCAUAGAGACCUCGCCUAAGCCGAAAGAGUCCAACGAAGGGCCCAAAUCUUCUCGAGAAACCGGUCCAGUGGAACCUGCAGGAAAGCCUGAUACCUCGCUCAAAGGAGCGGAGCUAGUUCCACCACAAAAACCAACACUGCAAACACCCAAACCACCUGCGGGACCAUCUGUUGAAGGGGUUUCUGAUUAUUCUGCCAAAACGGCCAAAGCCGCGGAGGCUGAUCUGUCCAAAGAGUUUUCUACUCUACUUAGCCGCGAACUAGGUAUUUUCUAUAGCCGGUUCAAUGAGGACAGGCGUGCCCAAGACGAACUUUCAGUUUCUCGACAGGACGCCGUGCUCCGAUUAAUUUCCAGCACUCUGUCUGAAAAUGUUGAGAAAAGUCUCUCCCGCAUUGUUACCGGUGCUAUUGAGUCCACUGUUGUGCCAAGUAUCAAAACCGUGACGACUGCAUCUCUGGAAAAGCAGUUUGCAGCGGAAUUUGAUAAGCGCGUUCGUUCAGCGAUAUCCGAUUCGGUUAAGAAAUCAUUACCAGAUGCAGUUGCCCAUGGAAUCCAGACACCCCAGGCAUUCAAAUCUUUUUCGGAUUCAGUGGCUACAGCGGUUGUUAAAAGCGUGGAGAGCGAACUCAGCAUCACUGUUCGCCACAAGAUUCUGCCAGCAAUCAAGAACGAGUGCUCUAGUUCUACUGAGAAGGUCAUGGGCGACGUCGAGAAGGUGGUUAUUUCUAAAUUCCAGCAGAUGGAAAAUCAACAUCUCAGCGACAGUGUUAAAAUUGACCAGCUGACCAACCAAAUCAAUUCUCUUGUCCAAGUUGUAUCAACAAUGGCCACCUCCCAAACGAAAUUGCAAGAAGAAAUUUUGGGAAUGAGUCGCCGACUGGAGGAGAUGCAGAUAGCUACCCAGGAACGGAGCACCCGACCCCCUGCUGCUGCUCCAGUGAUUGAAAAAGAAGCUUCUAAGCCACCGCCCGAGGAUACAGAGGUUGAAGAGGUCCGCCGUCUGAUGACUGGAAGGGAGUAUGAACAAGCUUCCAUUAAGUGGGUGCAAUCUACCAAGCAAGCAGAACUUUUCGAUACUUUAUUUAUCCAUCAUGAUCCGGCCUAUUUGAAAACGGUUUCACCGAUUGUGUCACUUUCCGUCAGUGUUGCUGUGACGUCCUCGCUAAAAACACACCCGGUGGAGCGUCUCAAUUGGUUGUUCCACGUCUUCGGAUCCGUCAAAACCAAUGACCCUGAUAUCGCAAGCAUUGUGCCAAAAAUCAUGGAUGUGUUAAUCGAGAGACUCCAAGAGCUUUACAUGUCGGUUGCGUCUCAUGAUCCACAUGCCCCGUAUCUUCGCCAAAUCUCACAGCUUAGCCGUUGGGCUCGACAGCUGAAGGAUACGACUCCUUCCCAAUCUUAG